AUCAAAAACUCUUCUUUCUGUUUUACCUACUAGAUUGCAAAGGGCUGGUAAAAAAAAGAAACCUACUAUAGAUUGCAAAGAUGGAAACUUUGUCAUCUCAAGUGCCAAAUGAUUCUUUCUAUGUGAGUGCACCUACUAGCCCUGGAAGAUGCAGUCCGGAAUACUUGUACUUCCAUAGUGCUCCAACAACGCCCAUAAGGAAGGCACACAACAUUGCUGUUUUUUAUCAUGACACUGAGCCAGGAACACCAAACACAUAUGAGGAUGCCAAUUCCACAUUCGAUGAGUUUGAAUUUGAUACCAGCCAGCGUUUCAACAUCAAUAAAUGUCACGUUGAGGCGGGAUGGAAGUCCGAGCAGGAUGAGCAAAAGAAGUCACAGCCUGCCAUGGCAUUUGCUGAUGAACUAUUUUGUGAUGGCAAAGUUAUGCCACUGAUGCCACUAAAGCCUCCGCCACGGACGAGCCCACAGAGAUCCAAUACAUUGGAAAAUGCAGGAGGGAGUCCUAUCAAGCGGGCAGCAAAGAGCCCGAUAAAAUUAAAUGAGCCCAAGUGGGUUCUGUUUGCGAGGCGGGCAAGACUUGUGAAAGUGGACCAGGGAAACCCCGGCAAGGCAGGCCCAACCAAUCCUAACAGGGAGACAAGAGAAAGCACAGGGAAGAGAAUCAAUAGAUUUCUGUUUAGAAGCACAUCGACAGGAAAAAGAGAAACGGAGAAGAAGCAAAAACAGGACCCAAACUCAACAGAAACAAAGCCUCCUGAGGCGAACAAACUGACACUGACACAUUACAGGCCUGAGCUAUUUCUUUGUGUGGGUUUGGGAUCAAAGUAUGUGCAGCAGUAACAAGGCAAGAUUCUAUGAUUUCCCUUCUUUCAUUUUGUAGGGUCGUAAUAUGCUAUCAUAACCACACUAAUGCACCAGAUUCUUGGUCAUUGUGUGGGGUCACAGGAUGCGAUCAUAUUA